AUGGCGACAGCAGAGAAAACCAACAAUGAUUCACUUCCUAAUCUUCCUAUCAAUCUGGUGGCUGAAAUCUUCUGCGGAUUGUCUGUUAAACUUCUGGUACAGCUUCAAUGCAUGUGCAAGUCCUGGAAUUCUCUAACCUCUGGUCUCAAUUUCACGAGAAAGCACCUCAGCCUCUCAACCACUCGGCGCCUCCAUUGCACAAAAUACAAAAGUAAACCACACGUUGAGAAUUCUUACCCACUCGAAUCAGUUUUAUCAACUAAAUUCACACAACAUCGCCUUCCUUUCAACAAUAUCGCUGCUUCUUGUGGAGACAUCCUUUGUCUUUUCGAUAAACCUAAAGCUUUUGUUGCAUUGUGGAAUCCUUCUAUUAGAAUAUUCAAGGAAUUACCCCUUUUUCUAAACUGUGAAAUUCUUAACAACAAGGUUUAUAUGACCUUCGGCUUCGAUUAUGAUCAAGUUUCUCAUAAUUACAAAGUUGAUGUUCUUUACUACACCAAAUCUAACUUGCUUGACACAACUAAAUUCAAAGUUCAUGUUUUGGGUACCAAUUGUUGGAAAACCACUCAGACAUUUCCUUUUGGUGCUGUCUUUGAUGAGCAAUCUGGAACAUACGUAAGAGGUACACUUAAUUGGAUUACCCAUACUCAAUGGCGUCGCAUAGGUCCCAUCUUCAUUCUUUCUUUUCAUUUGGAAAAUGACUCUUAUCAAAAGCUUUUUCCCCAGAGUCGUGCUGAUAUCAGUCCGGUUUACUUUACAUUGUCUGUCUUGAAGGACUGCUUGUGCUUAAUUUCUCAUCAUCAUUUUUGGCUCAUGAAGGAAUAUGGAAUUCAUGACUCUUGGACUAAACUCUUCUUUGUUUCAUUCAUACAAGAUCCUACUAAGUCUUAUAUCUUGUCCAAUACUUUGUAUGUUUUUGAAGAUCACCGACUGCUGCUCGAAAUUCAAGACGAUUGGACAAGGAAGUUGGUUCUUUAUGAUCCAAAGAAUGAUACUUUUAACAUUACUAGGUUCAAAAACACCCUAAAACUAUCUCUUGAGACUUUGAUUUCACCAUGUUCUUAA